AUGGCCGCUCCAGAUAGUCCACCGUCGACUCACUCCGAUUCUUUUGAGCCCGUGGAAGUGUUCACGACGCCUCAGUCCCUCGCGCGCGCGGUACGCGCACGCCGCCACGAGUACCUCCGGCCGCACAAGCUCCGAGUCAAGAUUGGCACUUGGAACGUCGCGGCUUGCACUGGCACAGACAAAGAUCUUGCAAGGUGGUUUGUUGACGGCCAAGGUCUCGAUCAAAACUUCGCCACCUUGGACCUGUCUCGAAAUCCCGCUGUCGCACACCACGAUCCCGCUGCAGAUCAGCAUGGCGACCCCGACGCCGUUCAGCUCCUUGGCGGCAGCGAUAUCGGAUUGUAUGUUCUAGGCCUGCAGGAAGUCGUCGACUUGAACGCUACCAAAGAGUACAUGAAUCGGGCCGUCAAUGUCGACAGCUCGCCGGUUGGCAAGUGGCAGGCUGCUCUGGAAGCUGCUAUGCCGCCGGGAUAUCAACCCAUCAUGUCAGGGCAGAUGGCCGGUUUGCUGCUCUUGAUUUACGCAUCUCCAGAGAUCGCCCCAACCAUUACCAACGUGAGCACCAGACAGGUCGGCACCGGUCUCUUGGGCUAUUUUGGGAACAAGGGCGCAAUCACCUCCCGCCUUGUUCUUGGAGAAGCGACUCGCAUGGUAUUUAUCAACUGCCAUCUGGCUAGCGGCGCUGGCUCCGGCUACCUGGACCGAAGGUGUUGGGAUGUUGACCAGAUUCUUACCAAAACGAAAUUCGAUCCCGUAGUCCAUGCUGGCGUUUCCGACGACGAUGGGGACACGAUUGGCGACGAAGACUUUGCAUUUUGGUUCGGCGAUUUGAACUUUCGACUUGACGGGCUUCCCGGCGAUGAUAUCAGGAGGAUACUAAUGCUCCAUACAAGAGGCGAGUACGCGUUGCGCGGCGGCCAUACCCCGCCGCCCCCAGAGGGGGAGGGAGUAAUUGUAAUGCGAGAUUCUGAAAGCGACGACGAUACCACAACGAGGUCCUCGGUUCACUCACGCGACCAGAGUUUCGAUUCUGAAACCACACUUCCGGAUCCCGAUGAUUUCCCCCAAGACCCGAGUCAGGACCCCACGUCUCUCCAAGCGACAUUGGACUCACUCCUCCCUCAUGAUCAACUUCGGCGAAUGAUGGCACAACGCAGAGUGUUCCACGAUGGAUGGAGAGAAGGGCCUAUCACCUUCUUGCCCUCCUACAAAUAUGAUGUUGGAACUGUGGGCCUCUUUGAUUCUAGUGAGAAAAGACGAGCCCCGAGCUGGUGUGACCGGAUCUUGUAUCGAACGCGAAAGGAUAAACAAGCAUUUGACGCCAAGUUGGCAGAAGAAAUGGCGGCCAAGAAAAAGGAUGAGGAAAUGAAAUCGAGGGGUAUAGAUCAGGACGACGACGUUCUCUUCAGCUAUGACCCCGACACAGACGGGGACGAGCAAGCUGGGGUGGAGGCUUAUGAUUACGAUGAGUACGACGAAACUCAGGACGAUGUCCCCAGAGAAGUUACAACAAACGAAGCUUCUGUCGAUCGGAUUGCCCUCGACAUUUACACGUCACACCAGCGCAUCACGUCGUCAGACCACAAACCCAUCAUUUCUGUCUUUUCUCUUGAAUAUGAUGCAGUGGUGCCAGAACUGAAAGCAAAAGUUCACGCAGAGGUCGCCUGGGAGCUUGACAGAGCAGAAAAUGAAGGACGCCCAACUGUCACUAUUGCCAUGGAAGGGGACAAGUCUGGCAAUGAGGAUACUGUUGACUUUGGCGAUGUUGGCUUUUUGGAGAGAAAGUCGAUUGUCUUCACUGUUGCGAAUACUGGCAGUGUCCCAGCAAGCCUCUUAUUUACUGAGAAUCCCACCAAAGGCGAUGCCGACUCACCCUCAUUAAACUGGCUGACCCCGUCGUUUCUCCAUCCGGACCCAGACGAUGACCCACCAAGCGACCUGGGCCAAGGAGUCACGUUGCAGCCAGGAGAGACAGCCCUGGCACAUAUUCAAGCUCAAGUCUCCAAUAUUGCCUAUCUACGGGCCCUAAAUGACGGCCGCACCAGCUUGGAGGAUGUUUUGGUACUUCGCGUAGAGGACGGCAGGGACCAUUUCAUUCCCGUCAAAGGCGCCUGGUUGCCAACGUGCUUUGGGCGCUCCAUUGACGAGCUCAUUAGAGUGCCUGACGGUGGCAUACGAAAAUACUGCAUUGAGAAGAAUAUCAGAGGGGCUAUUCCCUAUGAUUCUGACGUUCGAUGUUCAGCUCCAAAAGAAAUCUUCAAGUUGACGGAGGCAAUCCAGACACUGGUGGAAAGAUGUGUUGCCGAAGAAGCAAUGCUGGAAUCCAAGACUCUGCCUCGGGAGCCGGGUUGGCCGUUUGACUCGACCACUUGGACAUGCGGUUUGGCAGAACGAGAUGAGACGAAGGCCGGCCUCGUGGCAGCUUUGGACAAAGACUCCCCCAUUGCCGAGGCGCUGCCAGGAGAGCUCCCGUCUUCACACAAAUUGGAAUUGCUAUCGUCAACGUUGUUGUUAUUUUUGGUUUCAUUGACGGACGGUCUCGUUCCUCCACUCCUCUGGGCCAAACUGUCGACGUCUCUCCCGAAUUUGGCAUCUCUUGCCCCCACGGCGUGGACUGACGCAAAGGUGCAGAUUCUCGACAUAUUUUCCUCUGCGCCUCAUCAUAAUAUCGCCUUUGUCUUUUUGACCUCUACACUGGCCCGUGUAGCUACAGAGUUGAGUCCAGCAACGUCGGAUGCGCUCCCGCCUGGUCUGAGCCGGCGACUGAAUUUCAGACGGGGAGAAGACGAUGGCGACAAGAAGAGGAAAUUACGGCAACGGAAAUAUGCUGAAGUCAUUGGGCCGAUAGCAUUCAGGGCAAACGAAGGUGAUAAGAUGGCGAAGGAAAGGGAACGAGUCGUUGAGAUAUUCCUGACCCGCGAGGCUGGAGGUUAG